AUGGAUGUGUUCCAGCAUCAGCUAGUCAGUCUUGUUGGGAGUCUGAUCUGUUUCUGUACUUUGACAAAAUACAUCAGAUUAAUGAGAGACCUUUCAUAUAUCUGAAGUUCUUUGCCUUAGGUUUUCUUUUGGUCAGUGGGAGAACGUGCAGUGGUCACAGGAGCAGGAGAUGAUAGGAUUGGAGAAGCAUAUUCUUUCAGAUACCUUAUGACUGCCAUUGCUGGGAAUGGCAAUACAAUAACUACUUUUGAAAGAACGCUGAAUUUGCUGGAGCUGGCCACAGAUCAAAAUGUGAAGGUUAUACAAGCUGAUUUCACUAAAAAUUCAGUGUACAAGAAUGUUGAAAAAGAUCUGAAGCACUUGGAUAUUGGUGUUCUGGUUAGCAAUGUUGGAAUGAUUCAUAAUCCUCUUCCAUGCUAUUUCAUUAAUGGGCCAAACAUAGAAGAGGACCUUGUCAACUGCAAUACUAUUUCUGUUCCAGAAUUGACAAAAAUUAUUUUGAAACAGAUGCAAUCAAGUCAGAAAGUUCUAAUUCUGAAUCUGUCCUUUGAUUUGUGUACUUUCCCUUGUCCAUUAUAUACAAUGUACUCAGCUACUAAGGUAAAUCUUUCACCACUUCUACAAUCACUACAAGCAGAGCAUAAGGCAAAGGUAAUUAUCAUACAGAUAGCAAUUUCUUAUGGUGUUUCUGCUCCAAUGACAAAGUACCAAAACCCCGGUGUUACUACAAAGACAGUGGAAGAAUUUGUUAGUGAGUCACUGGAGUAUGUCACCUUUGGAGAUGAGAUUUCUGGAUGUUUCAUCCAUUAAAUUUUGAUUGAAUUUGGUCCUGUGUAA